CAAUCUUUGUAAUAUUUAGCUACGUACUAGAGGAUGCGCGCGGUUAUACGGCAGAUGCAGACUUUAACAACGUUGCUUAAAGUCAACUGAACUAUAAAUGUUCAUAAAACCACAAACUCCAAAAUUAUAGGAGUUGAAGCAAAACCACCCCUCGUGUAUCAUUGCAUCGAGUAAAAACAAAUAGUGUCAAUGUAUUAGCCGCCGCCGUUGCGUCUCUAUGAAAUCAAAAUUAACCGUUUUUAAUGUGCAUUGCGCGUGAAGAAAAAAGCUGUAGAAAAAUUGUGAGAAAAUUUAAACCCCAACGCACUUACUCAUACAAAUGUGUACCUAUAUAUAUAUAUUUUGUAAUAACCAAGAAGCACAAAAACAACGAUCACACAUACAGCAGUAAUAAAAGCUACGACAACAACAAAAGCAUUUGCAAUAACACCAACAGUAACAGCAGUAGGCGCUCGUACCUAUUUUUGGCUUCUUGGAUUUUUCUUUCUUUUGGCAUUCGACGUUGGGCUUUGGGCUUUAAGCAUUGCUUAUUUGUCCGCGUUUGGUUUCUUUGGUGUAUGUGUGUUACAAAAAGUUGUUUAUUGAUUGCUGAAAGUAUUGGACAACGUAAACGCCGUCUAUUGCCAUAGCCAGACACGCCAGGAACAACAUCAGACAUUGAAAUCAACAUAUACCAUUGAUCAGCGCACCAAGACCAUGUUCAGUCCGGAGUAUGAGAAACGCAUUUUGAAGCACUGCAGUCCCGUUGCCAGAAGUCUAUUUGAUAACUUAGAGCAGUCCACAACGCCAACGUCGCUGGAUCGCUUCAUACCAUGCAGAGCACACAACAAUUGGCAGACGAACUUCGCGUCCAUUAAUAAGUCAAAUGAUAACUCCGCACAGACGAGCAAGAAGCAGCGCGACUGCGGUGAGACGGCACGCGAUAGCCUGGCCUAUUCGUGUCUGUUGAAAAACGAGCUCCUCGGCUCGGCUAUAGAUGAUGUAAAGACGGCAGGGGAGGAGCGCAAUGAGAAUGCUUACACACCGGCGGCCAAGCGCAGCCUGUUCAAAUAUCAAUCACCCACUAAGCAGGACUACAAUGGGGAGUGCCCUUACUCACUUUCCCCUGUCAGUGCCAAGAGCCAGAAGCUCCUACGUUCGCCGCGUAAGGCCACACGCAAGAUCUCACGCAUACCUUUUAAAGUGCUUGAUGCGCCCGAGCUGCAGGACGACUUUUAUCUGAACUUGGUCGACUGGUCGUCACAGAAUGUGCUGGCCGUGGGUCUCGGCAGCUGUGUCUACUUGUGGAGCGCGUGUACUAGUCAGGUGACACGACUGUGCGAUCUCAGUACGGAUGCCAACACCGUGACGUCGGUAUCGUGGAACGAGCGGGGCAACACAGUCGCAGUGGGCACACAUCACGGCUACGUGACCGUAUGGGACGUGGCAGCCAACAAACAAAUCAACAAAUUAAAUGGACACUCGGCGCGGGUGGGUGCACUUGCUUGGAACAGCGAUAUUUUGUCGAGCGGGUCGCGGGAUCGUUGGAUUAUUCAGCGUGACACUCGCACACCUCAGCUGCAGUCGGAGCGACGACUUGCCGGGCACCGACAGGAGGUGUGUGGACUCAAGUGGUCGCCGGACAAUCAGUACCUGGCAAGCGGCGGCAACGAUAACCGCCUGUACGUGUGGAACCAGCACUCGGUUAAUCCGGUGCAAUCGUACACGGAGCACAUGGCCGCUGUGAAAGCGAUCGCCUGGUCUCCGCAUCACCAUGGCCUGCUAGCCAGCGGCGGCGGCACUGCAGAUCGAUGUAUUCGCUUCUGGAACACGCUUACCGGGCAGCCCAUGCAGAGUGUUGACACGGGAUCGCAGGUGUGUAACCUUGCCUGGUCCAAGCACUCGUCGGAGCUGGUCUCCACACAUGGGUACUCGCAGAACCAGAUUCUCGUUUGGAAGUAUCCAUCGUUGACGCAGGUAGCCAAGCUUACAGGACACUCCUAUCGCGUGCUCUACCUCGCUCUUAGUCCAGAUGGCGAGGCGAUUGUCACUGGCGCUGGCGAUGAGACACUGCGUUUCUGGAACGUUUUCAGCAAGGCGCGCAGCCAGAAGGAGAACAAGUCCGUGCUGAACUUGUUCGCCAACAUCAGAUAGACGCGAUGGCGGCGCACUAGACUGAAUAUUAAGAGGCGUGGCGUAAGAGUCAACCGAUUAACUAAGCAAACAACAACAAAGAGAAACCACUUUUUAGCGUUAUGUGGGGCUUAUUACACACACUCAUAUAUAUAUACAUAUAUAUUUAUAUCUAUAUAUAUACAUACAGAAUUACUAGAUUUUUGAUAAAAUUAUUGUAAAUCGUGUGGGUUAUCUCUGAAGGAAAAAUUAUAGUUAAAGUUACGCAGUUAUAACUUGUGUUCGCUCUCUGCGUAAAAACGAAACCAAAUAGCUCCAGGCUAAUCAGUCCAAGCCGUGGGCUAGUCCCAGCACAUCCCUUUUAUCCACUUAUUGAGAUAAAUGUAUGUAUGAAUCAUAUGUAAAGCAACAGCGAUUUCAGUAGUUUUGACCCAUUAAGUUAGAUAUCUAUAUAGUUUGCUUACAAUUACUAUUAUUCAAAAGUCAUUAAUUAACGAUUAUACACUCAUGUCCUCUAAAAAUUAAAUACAUUUUAAGAAUAUA